UCCAACAUGGCAACCCGGUGGGGAAUCUGCAGCGCGGGGAAGAUCAGCCAUGACUUCACUGUGGCUCUGAAAACUCUUCCUGCUGAGGACCAUCAGGUCGUGGCCGUUGCUGCUCGCAAGUUGGAGGAUGCUCAGGAGUUUGCCAAAAAGCACAGCAUUUCCCGAUCUUAUGGCAGCUACGAGGAGUUGGCCAGAGACCCAGACAUAGAUGUGGUGUAUGUUGGAACUAUCCACCCGCACCAUCUGAAGACUUGUCUGCUCUUUACAAAUGCCAAGAAGAACGUGCUGUGUGAGAAGCCUCUGGCCAUGAACACCAAGGAGGUGAAAGAGAUCCUGGACUCUGCCAAGAAGAAUGACAUCUUCCUCAUGGAGGCUGUGUGGACCCGCUUUUUCCCCGUCUCUGUAGAGAUCAGACGGCUGCUGGCUCACAGAGAGCUGGGAGAGGUGAAGAUGGUCAGAUCUGAAUUUGGUGUUCCCCUGAUGCACGUUCCAAGGUCAGUGCAGAAGGAGCUGGGAGGAGGAGCCGUACUUGAUCUAGGCAUCUACUGCCUUCAGUUCAUACUUAUGGUGUACGAUGGAGAGAAGCCAGAGAGCAUCCAGGCUACGGGGAUCUGCCUUGAGACAGGAGUGGAUGAGACGGUGACUGUCACUCUGAAGUUCUCAAAGAACAGAAUGGCAGUGUUCACGUGCUCUUCAGGUGUCCAGCUGCCCAAUGAGGCCCUUGUUGCAGGGACAAAAGGAAUAAUCAAGAUUCCCAGCCACAUGUGGUGCCCCACAUCGUUAAUGGUAAAUGGGAAGGAGACCGAGUACGCUGUUCCAGAACCCUAUUUGCCUCUCAACUUCAUUAACAGCACCGGGAUGCGUUAUGAAGCUGAGGAGGUCCGACAGUGUUUGCUGAAAGGGCUGAAGGAGAGUGCAGUUAUGUCCCACGCUGACUCUGUCCUGCUGGCUGAGCUGGAGGAUGAGAUUCGCCGGCAAGUGGGGGUGGUGUACAGCCAGGACUGCCAUGCAGUUCCUGCUUCUUUGACAGGAGUGAGCAGCAUGGCGACCCGGUGGGGAAUCUGUAGUGCGGGGAGGAUCAGUCAUGACUUCUCUGUGGCUCUGAAAACCCUUCCUGUCGAAGACCAUCAGGUCGUGGCUGUGGCCGCUCGCAAGUUGGAGGAUGCUCAGGAGUUUGCCAAAAAGCACAGCAUUUCCCGAUCUUAUGGCAGCUACGAGGAGUUGGCCAGAGACCCAGACAUAGAUGUGGUGUAUGUUGGGGUUAUCAACCCCCACCACCUGAAGGUCUGUCUGCUCUUUAUGAAUGCCAAGAAGAACGUGCUGUGUGAGAAGCCUCUGGCCAUGAACACCAAGGAGGUGAAAGAGAUCCUGGAAUCUGCCAAGAGGAAUGACGUCUUCCUCAUGGAGGCUGUGUGGACCCGCUUUUUCCCCGCCUCUGUGGAGAUCAGACGGCUGCUGGCUCACAGAGAGCUGGGAGAGGUGAAGAUGGUCAGAUCAGACUUUGGUGUGCCACUGAUAAAUGUUCCAAAAAUAGUGCAGAAGGAGCUGGGAGGAGGAGCAUUGUUGAAUAUUGGCAUGUACUGUCUCCAAUUUGUAUGCAUGGUGUACAAUGGAGAGAGGCCAGAGAGUAUCCAAGCCACUGCAUCCUGCUUGGAGACAGGCGUGGAUGAGACUGCUGCUGUCAUUCUGAAGUUCUCCAACAAUAGAAUGGCAGUGUUUACUUACUCUUCAAGUUUAGAUCUGCCCAAUGAUGCAGUUAUUGUGGGAACAAAGGGCACAAUUAGAGAGAGCGCCAUUAUGUCCCACGCUGACUCUCUCCUGCUGGCUGAGGUGGAGGAUGAGAUUCGCCGGCAGGUCGUGGCCGUGGCUGCUCGCAAGUUGGAGGAUGCUCAGGAGUUUGCCAAAAAGCACAGCAUUUCCCGAUCUUAUGGCAGCUACGAGGAGUUGGCCAGAGACCCAGACAUAGAUGUGGUGUAUGUUGGAAAUAUCCACCCGCACCAUCUGAAGACUUGUCUGCUCUUUACAAAUGCCAAGAAAAACGUGCUGUGUGAGAAGCCUCUGGCCAUGAACACCAAGGAGGUGAAAGAGAUCCUGGACUCUGCCAAGAGGAAUGACGUCUUCCUUAUGGAGGCUGUCUGGUCCCGCUUUUUCCCCGUCUACGUGGAGAUCAGACGGCUGCUGGCUCAGGGAGAGCUGGGAGAGCUGAAGAUGGUCAGAUCAGACUUCGGUAUACCAGUGCUGCAUGUACCCAGAUUAGUGCAGAAGGAGCUGGGAGGAGGAGCUUUGCUAAGCAUUGGCAUGUACUGCUUGCAGCUUGUAAGCAUGGUGUACAAAGGAGAGAGGCCAGAGAGUAUCCAAGCCACUGGGAUUUGUCUAGAGGCAGGAGUGGAUGAAACUGUAGCCGUCACUUUUAAGUUCCCCCAGAACAAAAUGGCAGUCUGCACCUACUCCUCAGGUGUACAACUAACAAAUGAUGCAGUUAUUGUGGGGACAAAGGGCACCAUCAGGAUCCCUACUCAGAUGUGGUGCCCCACGUCAUUAGUGGUGAAUGGGAAGGAGACCCAGUACCCGCUGCCAGAACCUUGUUUUCCCCUGAAUUUCUCAAACAGUACAGGGAUGCGUUUUGAAGCCGAGGAGGUCCGACAGUGCUUGCUCAAAGGGCUGAAGGAGAGUGCAGUUAUGUCCCACGCUGACUCACUUUUGCUGGUCGAGAUGGAGGAUGAGAUUCGCCGGCAGGUGGGGGUGGUGUACAGCCAGGACUGCCAGUAA